AGCACCCGGAAGACCUAGCACACUGGAAACAACGAGCUAGAAGUCGCAGCGGUCAGAAAAUCCCGGCUCGGCAUAACUCCUCAAUUUCCGCAACGACAACUCCAACAUGCGAGCUCCAAUGAUAAGACGGGCGCACUCGGACGUUUCGCCGUUUCCCCUUUCUUCUUCCCUCUCCGGUCCUUCCCCUGCUUCAUCUUCUUCAUCGAGACCGAAGCGCGCACAAGUGAAAAACGCAUGUGGUUAGUAAGAUUGCAAGGGAGGUCAGACGGAUGUCCUCCAUCUUGGGCAAGAUUGCCCCUUCAGACGCGAUUAUAAGAAGCGGUCGUCGAGUUGUUUCCUCCUUCUUUCGUUCUCACCAAUCUUUGACGUUCCCCUUAGUGAACUGCCAACGAGCAUGCAAAAAAUGCGAUGAGGCUCGUCCGUGCUCGCGAUGCGUCAAAUUUAACUUGGAUGGCAGCUGUAAGGAUUCCGAGCGGAAGGAGCGAACCAAAGGUGAAUUUCGUAUGUGUCGCAAGAGUUUCCGAUGCUUUUUUAUGCUUCUGUGGGCGGUGGUUUGUCACAUGCGUGGUGGUCCGUUUGCUGAUCUUAGGUUCUGUUGCCCACGUGUAGGAAUAAAGAGAGGGACGUACAAGCGUCCAUCAUCAACAUCGGAUGUGCGCAGCGAUUCAGAUAUGUUCAACGAUUCUGCGAGCGAACAAGGGCAAAGCAGUGUUUGCGAUGCCCCUCAUACUCAACAUCACCCAGCAAAGAGCGGGAAGACCAUCUUAGCCACUGCAAUGAUCAAAUCUACUCUCCCGUCGCAUGCGUACCGAGUCCACCACUCCCCUCAGUUGGCGAUGGCUGCCGAGUUUGAACAUGUCCAUCGGUCGGUCCCGACGAGUGGGAUCUCCAUGUCGACGCCGCUUCCAGCCUAUCCAUCACUACAACAGUUGCAGCGAACAAAUGCAAGAACGUCCUCAUUUACACCGUCGUCUCUGCCAGGGACGAUCUAUGAUUUAACGGGAGCACAAUCGACCCCACCGUUAUCUGCCGGGACGGAGAGAACAUCAGACUGGAGCAGGAUGCAUAUGCUGGCGAAUAUUUGCGGCUCGGUCCUUGAUGAACAACAGUCGGACUCGAAGCUUCCAUCGGCGUUUGUUCUUCCAGGCGUUGAGAGCCCCGAAACCGGUGCAUUUCUGGAGAUUGCAUCACGCAGCACGUCUGGUUCUCCAAAGGAGACUCUAUCCGUGAAGCGCACGCCACCGAUUGACGCUCUGUCUGCCAACACCAGCGCUGAGUCAAUCGCCACUGGUGUGACCGAACUCUCUGGAUCCACAUUACUGCCGUUCUCGAUCGGCGGCAUAGCCUCGCUGAUUCCACAAGAACCAUUAUCGACUCCGACUUACUUCGACGACCUGCUGUCCCGGCCGUCCUCAAUUGCGAGUCAGACUCAAAUGCCGGCACACUUGCAAACGUACCAUGAUCAUUUCUCGAGCUUUGCGACGCAAGCAACGUCGACAGAGCAGACGCCAUCUUCGCUAUUCGCUCAAUCCAACAUACCCUCAUCGUCAUCUUUCCUCGGCAUGGACACAUACCGUCCUGCGCGUCUAUCCCACCGAAACUCAGCGGAUGUUUCGGCAGGGCUGGGCAGUUACUCCUCCUCCUUGCCGCUGCAGUUCCAAACCACGUCAUCGUCACUACCUCUGUCGUCGUCGCACUUUUCAUCUUCGUUAAGCGCCUUACCGCCACCACCCCCUGGGGCAGCAUUCCGCCGGGCGUGGGAUUCGGGCGAAGGGAGCUUUCAAGAAGCCACGGCACUGCUGAAUAGGUACACCGAGGUGGGCGAGGAAGACGCGGAUGAGGCCGCCAAGCUUGAUGCAACUGCUGCGUACAUGAGCGCUGUUUUGAAACGCUCUAGGGAGCCAUGGUCGGCUUUUUGAUUUUGGAUGGAGCCCUAUAUACCCCGCUUGCGCCGCCCUCUGCGGUACCCUUUGCGACCAUGUGCUUCGUUCCAUGGAUGAUAAGGAGGCCUGGGUGAACGUUCUGAAUAGUUGGAGCUGGGCAGGAGGCACGCAUUCCGAAUCGUUGUGAAAAUCUAGAACAUACCCGGCAAAUCGCUACCCUACUCGUAAACGCCCGACUGAUAUCUGUCGAACGUUAUGAAAAUCUACACUACCCUCCCACACAAAUAUACAGAACUGUUGCUUGUCAUACUGCCGUCCCAUCUUUGUCUCCCAUUCUCUUUCUCCCUCUCUCGCCUCUUUUUUGCACUGCGGCGGUGUCCAGUGAACCUUGUGGUAGCUCGAUUUUUAACGUCUCGAAGCUCGUUCCUCAUCUAUAAGA